AUCGCCUCCAGCGGCCGGCAUGACGGCUCGGUCAACGUACGAAGUGUUUGAAAAGCAGCGGCGGAACGUCCAGGGAUGGAGUAAUGAGCUGCUUGCGGGUGAAGGCGGCAACUUCUCGGAAGCACCUGAGAAGGGAUUGAUGGGUAAGGACGUGGUGUCGUUGGAGGUGGCGCGGCCGCCGACGGGGUUUCGAUUCCAAGAAGGGUCGACGUGGAUCAUUGGCGACUGGAGCUACGGAAAGAGCUUCAAGCAUAUGGGAACUCGAGUACGCUCCGAGCAACCACUCGACACGUGUCGGUGGCGCAAGCACACCCGGGAAAUGGACAACCUCACGACGGUCGAGUUUGGACGGGAACCCGAGUGCGGCGGGUGCAAGAAAGCGUUCACGUUGAUCCGACGUCGCCACCAUUGCCGCGGAUGUCACGUCGCGAUCUGCAAAGACUGUUCUCGCAAAGCCGUGGACUCGUCGUCAUCGCUAUCAACCAAGCCGCAAUGGUACUGCAUUCCGUGCCUGGACGAGAACCCGCAGUUGGACGUCCAGGACGGCGGCGGCCGCAAAAUCAUGCGCCGCUUAUCCCAAGCCGCGCCGCCCAUGUUGAGUCGCAUGGAGUCCAUGCCCAAGGCGAUGAAGUUUUGCAUCGAGUGCGGGUACGAGUUGCCGCCUCACGUCAAGUUCUGCAUCGAGUGCGGCGCCGGCCAGACGUCCACGUCGCGCGAGUCCAGCGCCGACGACCUCCUUCGCAUGUCGACGCUGGUGGCGCCAGACCCCGCGCUCCUGCCCGUCGUCACAGAGGAUGCCGCGAUCAACGCCAUCCCAUCCAUCUCCCCGCCGCCGCCUUCGUCAUCAUCUCCGGACAACGACGCUGCGUUGAAACUUGAGAACCAACGGCUGCAGGACAUGGUGGACAAAUUGCAGCGAAAGUUAAGUCGCAUGGAAGCCAAGGCGGUAGCCGUAACCGAAGAACAGGCGCAGGUGAUAGCUUCGUUGCAGCAACAGGUUGCCACGUCAUCACAAUCCCCAGUAAACAAGAUCAAAGAAAUGCCCGAAGUCGCCAAGUAUUUCAAACUGCUGUCCAUGGGGCUCCCCCCCGACCAAGUGAAAAUGAAAAUGCAGCUAGCUGGCGUCGACCCGAAUCUCCUGGACACGCCGGACGCCCCCAGUGGAAAGUUGGCCGACGACCAAGGAGCUGGAGCUGCAAUCUCCCCCACAGCUCCAGAGGUUCCCCCAGAAUACGUCAAGUAUUUUAAACUACUCAAGAUGGGGAUGCCGCUAGAACAAGUCAAGUUGAAAGCGUCGGCGGAUGGAUUCGAUCCAUCUAAAUUGGACAAUCCACCACCGCCCCUUGCGUCCGCUCCGACCCCCGAAGACCCGCCGGAAAUCGCCAAGUACAAAAAAUUACUCAAAAUGGGCAUGCCUCUGGCUCAAGUGCAGUUGAAAAUGCAAGCCGAAGGCCUCAACCCUGCCUUGCUCGAUGGCGGAUAUACAACACCCAACAAUAGCAAUAGCAAUAGCAAUGGAGGACCUGCCGCCAAGCUCGACCUGAACCAACUGCUCAAGAAGACGUCGUCGAUGAAAAAAGCAGACGAAACUACCUCUGCCGCGCUACCAAAGAAGGACAGCGUCAAGCCGAAUGUGGACAUGCGUGCGUUGUUCUGGACGCGUAUUCCUGUGAAUGUGGUGCAGUCAACUGUAUGGAGCUCGCUCUCGGACACGAGCGUAUCCCUGGAACCAUUUGAUUUGGAGUGGAUGUUCCGCAAAGCAAACCCUGCUUCAACAGUCGAUAAGGACUCGAACGAGAAAAAGAAAAAAGACAGUGCGGUCGUGCUACUGCUGGACUCCAAGACCCAGCAAAACGUGGGGAUUGCACUGGCGCGGUUCAAACUCAGCCCCUCAGACGUCAAAGCCGGGUUGCUUGCAAUGGACCAAACUGCCAUCUCCGUCGACCACUUGAGCUCGCUUAUCGCCCUCGCGCCAACCCUAGAGGAGCAAGAUAUUCUGAAAAACUACGACGGACCCGUCCAUGUGCUCGGCGCCGUCGAAAAGUUCUUCCUCGAGAUGCUCAGCAUACCCCGAUACACGCAGCGCAUCAAGUGCUUUCGGUUUUCGCUCCAGUUUGAACACCGAGUACUGGAAAUCCAAGCCCAAGUCGAUACCCUUAGCGCCGCCACAGACCAAAUCGCCGACUCGGCCAAGUUUCGCCGGAUACUUGAAACGGUACUGGCAAUUGGGAAUUACAUGAACGGCGGCACAGCCCGGGGCGGCGCGUACGGGUUCAAGCUGGACGCCCUAGCCAAACUGCAUACAGUGCGGGGUAUCGACUCGAAAGUGACAUUGAUGCACUACUUGGCACGGCAUCUCGAGCAGUUCCAACCCGAUUUAAUUGCGUUUGUAACGGAAGUGCCGCACGUGACCGAAGCCAAGCGGCUGUCGCUGGACCAGAUCAAAGCCGACAUCAACGUGUGCAAUUCCGAGCUCGCGAUGCUCCAAGGCCAAGUGCAUGCGUCCAAGAAUACCGCCGACGCCGCCGAUCAAUUCUAUGCCAAGAUGGCGCCAUUUGCGCAGGAAGCGGCCGAUGUGAUGGACGACGUGACCAAGGAAUUUGGCGCCGUCGAGGCGGCGUUCACAGACCUCGUCGGGUCAUUUGGCGAAGACGCACGCAAGUUUGGAGCGAUGGAUUUUUUCACCAUUUUGGACGAGUUUACGACUGAAUUAAAGUUGGCGAUUUCAUCCAUCCCCAAAAUAUGGCAAAAAAAAUCCUUAUUUUUACGUGAACAAGAAAGCGUUUCGAGCCAACCAGUCGAAAGAACUCGCGACAGUAUGGGACUCGACUGCGAAAGCGCGUGACGCGGCGAUCCUCGCUCAACGCGAACAAGCGCUGCGCGAGAAAUUGUCGGCCGAGACGGCCAAGGCGUUGUAUGGCAGCGUGAUCUCGACGCUGAAUCACCGGUGUCGGCAACUGAACGUGGACGCGCCGUCGAUGGUCGACAUGUUCAAAGUGCAAAGCCGCAAGUACGGCAGUGGCGAGCUCUCAGCCGCCCAAUUCUGCGACUUCAUCGUGACUCAAUAUGGCGCCAAGGUGGCUGUGGAAAUCUUGCCGAAUUGCGCCAAGUUGCUAAGCGACCCUGCCAAGCGGCAGCAGCUGCAAGCUACCGUGGACGCCCACAAGGACUCGUGGGAGGCUACGACGGUGCCCCUCUUUGCCGACCCGAUUGCUAAUGCUAAUAAUACUGCUGCCGAGAAGGAUGGAGUGGUGCCCAUAGACAAGAAGGUGGUGCUGCGUGUCCAAGAUAUUACGCCCGUGGUCGGGGAUGAGGCGCGGCAGCUGCAGCGAGCGAUCCUGGAAUCGAUUCACGCCGUGUUUCAAGGCGAUGCUGGUCAAGUCAAGCUCUUUACAGCCAACACACGCAAAUUUGGCAACCAUCAGAUGCCAGCCAAAGAGUUUUACGCGUACCUGAUUGGUACGUUCGACGGAGAUUUUGUCGCUCGGCUUGUGCCAGACCUCGCCCGGCUACUAGACGACGCAGAGAAACGACAUGCGCUGCUCCAAGCCUUGUGCGAGAGUGCCCCGGGGUGGCAACGCUUUGCUGGACGGACGACGUAGUAGUAGUACUAGAAGUAGUAGUACUAGUUGGAUGAAUAAGAGAUGGACGCGAAUACUGUAGAACAAGAUUCGGUCGCAUAAUCCAACAGCUCACCCUCCCAUUGGGCAAUCCGCG